AUGUUCAACAGCUUCCCCUCCGACCCCUGUCUCCAGCUCCGGCUGCGCCGCAAUGCCGUGACCGACUUCCGAUGCGAGAUGGCGUUCGUGAUUGAACGGGGCCUGCCCGACGAGGAGUUUGUCGCCGUGGACUGGGCUGCCAUGACGCAGCUCGAGACGCUCUUUUUGGAUUUGCGGACGUAUGUGAGCGGCGGUGUUGAUGGUGGGUUCCUCCUGGACGCGAUCCGACGCGCCGCGGGUUGA